CUCCUAUUUCAUAUAAAAAAAAUUAAAAAAAAUGACGGAUUUGAAUCCUAAAUUUCUUAAACCCUAAAACACUUGUUGUUUCUCAAAUUAUUCCCUCCCUGCGAAGGAGAGUUCAAACUUGGGAGAAGCAGUUUCCAUGGAAACCAAAAAGGCGAAGAAAAGACAAGCAACUUGCGAUCCUCAUCUCCCAGCCACAACAAACGGACUCCAUUUUGAUGUAGAGCAAGGUGAGGUUGCAGAUGGAGUCCUUCAUGAUGUUGAUUUAAGUGAACUAACUAUGGGAGAGAAACUUGCUGGUCUCAGUUUGCCAGAUGAAAACAAAUUCAGGAUUGAUAAUGAGCUUGAUUCUUCUGUCCCAACUAAGCCUCCGAGUGCAGACUCUGUACAUGUUUUGCUUAGACAAGCAUUAAAUGCUGAUGAUCGCACCCUUUUGCUAGAUUGCUUGUAUACACAAGAUGAGAAGGUUAUUACAAAGUCAAUUGCACAGUUGAACCCAUCGAACGUCGUCAAAUUCCUCCACUCUCUCAUAUCCAUUACCGAGUCUAGGGGUGCUGUAAUGGCAUGUGCCCUUCCAUGGUUCAAGUGUCUAAUUCUACAGCAUGCAAGUGUGAUAAUGUCACAGGAAUCUUCGUUACAUGUUUUGAACUCAUUGUAUCAGUUGAUUGAAUCUAGAGUUUCGACUUUUGAAUCUGCCGUUCAUCUAUCAAGUUGCUUAGACAUUCUUUACACAAGGGUUGUUGAUGAUGAAGAAGUAGAUGAAGGUGAAACAGUGCCAAUUAUCUAUGAGGAUGAGGAUAGUGCAGAAGAAUCCGAGGAUCUGGAAAGUGAUCAAGAUGACAGUGAUGAAGGAUCUAUUGAAGCAUUUGAAGGAGUCAGUGAUAUUGAAGAAAGUAACGAUAUGAUGAGCGAGUGAUUUAGUGCGCUUCUUUUCAAGACUCACAUAACGAAGCCCCGGCUGACAUGUGGCAAUCGGGUUUGCAGAAAAUGAUGUCUAAGUUAAACCAAAGGAAGUAGAAUCUUGAAGCACGGUGAACUGAAAUAGUAAUGCGUGAUUUUGCCUAUUUUUGCACGCCCAUUUGGUCACACCCAAACCAUCACAAUUUUGCCUAGUUUGAAUUAAGACUAGUAUAUUGCACUGACAGCACAAUUAUGUAGCAUUAGCAGCAAGUAAAUUAAAUUAUACAUCAUACAAUUCCAUUUGAA